AUGAAAAGAUUAGGCCAAUCAAAGGCUUCAGGGCCAGAUGGUUUUCCUAUAAGUUUUUAUGUUCUUGUUUGGGAUAUCAUUAAGCAAGAUAUGAUGUUGGUGAUUAAGGAGAUGCAACAAAAGAAUUUCUUGGACUGGAGGUUAAAAAACAUUUUCAUAGCCUUAAUUCCAAAGAAAGACACAAUUGAAGAAAUAAAAGACUUAAGACCAAUUAGUCUUGUCCAUGGAGUUUACAAGAUUAUCUCUAAGAUACUUACAGACAGAUUCAAAAUCAUUUUACCUGAUAUUAUUUCUUCUCAGCAAACUGCAUUUUUGAGGAAAAGGCAAAUUCUGGAUGGAGUUCUUGUUGCUAAUGAACUCAUUGAUUCAAGAAUUAGAAGUGGAAGACCUGGAAUUCUAGUUAAGGUGGACUUUGAGAAAGCAUUUGACCAUGUAAAUUGGGAUUUUCUUGAUGAAAUCAUGGCUAAGAUGAAUUUUGGAAACAAAUGGAGAAGUUGGUUAAAAUGCUGUGUGGAAUUGGUGAGAUUCUCUGUCUUGGUGAAUGGUUCCUCUGAAGGCUAUUUCAAAUCAAAAAAAAGUCAUUUGCAACUUGCUGAUGACACUUUAAUCUUUCUAGAAGCAGACACUGUCCAAGUUGAAAAUAUAAGAAUUCUUCUCUUAUCUUUUGAGAAACUUACAGGCUUAAAAAUUAACUUUGCAAAAAGUGAAAUUUUUGGUGUUGGACAUUCUGGAGAUAUUACUCAAUUUUCUUCUAUUCUGGGUUGUUAUAAUAGUGUUUUUCCAACUACUUAUCUGGGAUUGCCUUUGAGUGAUAAGAGUGGUGGUGUUGAAAAGUGGAAACUGGUUAUUGAAAGAUUUAUCAAAUACCUUGCUGGAUGGAAAAAAGCAACUCUAAACAGAGCAGGUAAAAUUUCUCUUAUUAAUAGUGUUUUGGCAAGUCUGCCAGUUUACUAUAUGUCUUUGUUUGUUAUGCCAGCUUCUGUGGCUAAAAGGCUUGAACAUAUCAUGAGAAAAUUUCUAUGGAAUGAUAACAAAGGUAAGAAGAAAAUGAAUUUGGUUAAGUGGCCUGCUAUUAGUAGAAGAAGAAAAUAUGGUGGUCUUGGUGUUAAAAACUUAAAAAAAAUGAAUAAGGCUCUUCUUACUAAGUGGCUGUGGAGAUUUGCAACUGAAGAUAAUGUUUUAUGGAAAGAUAGCAUUGCUGAGAAAUAUGAAAUUGAACAGCUGGGUUGGAUAACAAAAACUCCAAAAAUGACUUAUGGCAGAUGUCUAUGGAAAGGAAUUAUGAAGUGCAGUACAAUUUUUAAAAGUCAUAUAAAAUUCAAAGUUAACUCUGGUAGUAAAACCAGAUUUUGGAGGGAUAAAUGGAUUUUUGAUUCUCCUCUAUGCACUAAGUUUCCUAACCUUUUUGCAAUCUCUAGAACUAAAGAUUUAACAGUGGCAGAUGUUUUUGAUGUCAGUGCAGAUGAUUGGAAUUUACUUUUACCAAGAAGAAUGUCACCUGAUGCUAGAUUGGAACUCUCAAGUCUGCAAAAUAGUUUGCAAGGCUUUGUGCUUAACUUAAUGCUUCAGAUGAAAUUUUAUGGAACACUACCAGUAAAGGUCAAUUCUCAGUAA